AAUUUUCCAGUCAUCAUGAUGAAGUUUCUAGUGUUAGCUCUGAUAGGCGUGGCCACUGGGGCUGUAGUCCCUAUUGAGGACUAUCAUACAUCUGUGGGCAUCCCGACUGCUGCCCGUAUCAAGGCUGCUGAGGAGGCACUGGACUUCGAUGGAGCCAGGAUUGUGGGAGGCGCUCCUGCUUACCUUGGCCAGUUCCCUUACCUUGGAGGACUGAUCAUCACCUUAUCCACUGGCGCUACUUCGUACUGUGGCUCCUCACUGCUCACUAACACUCGCGGUCUCACUGCCGCACACUGCUGGAGAACUUUGAACAACCAAGCCGUGGAGUUCACCAUGGUGCUGGCUUCUACCCACCUCUUCUUCGGCGGGACCAGGGUGGUCACCAGAGACGUGGAAAUGCACGCCGAUUAUGAUAAAUUGUUUUUGUACAAUGACAUUGCUAUCAUGAGGCUGCCUUGGGUUAAUUUCGAUGCUUUCAUUCAACCCAUCGCCAUUGCUACCCGCGACCAAGACUUCGUGGGAGUAUCAGCUACGGUAGCUGGUUAUGGACUGACUCGUGACGGAGGCACGAUAGAACCCGACCAGUUCCUCUCCCACCUCGCCGUGCAGGUGAUCUCCAACGCUGAAUGCAGAAACCGUUUCGGUGCUCUCGUGGUGGACUCGACGCUCUGCGUGACGUCUGGAGUCGGUCGAGGCCCGUGCACUAGCGACUCUGGGGGGCCGCUUGUUGCAAACAACCAGCUGAUCGGCGUGGUAUCCUUCGGAACCGGGACCUGUGAGGGCGGACUCCCGACCGGCUUCGCCCGUGUGACGUCAUACGCUUCCUGGAUUCUGGAGCGCUGGUAACCAGGCUACCAUCGCCGAUGAAGAGUUCACCUCGGACUCAAAAAUUAUCUGGCUUCGGACGGAUCUCAAAAUCAGAAUCAUUUUGUCGUGAUAUACUAUAUAUU